AUGGCCCUUUACGACUACUGGGUUUCUCAGAUGGGGACUGAGCAGCUUCUGCCAAUUCUCGAUGGUAGCCAAGUUGUGGGGAGGUCAGUUCUUCGGUUGAUGAUUAUCAGUGCGGGCGACCUCAAUGCGCCCAAUCUAUCGACGUCGCCCAACGAAUUAACACUGUUAAAUGCCGAGACUACCGCCUCCAAAAUAGGCACCCUGUGCAACGCGCUUAUGGGUAUCGAGAUCGAUGUCCUGCACGAAUCGAGUUGCCCUCGAUCAUACGAAGCACAUUCCUUCUACGUAGCAGGGAUCGAAUCGGCUUGGGCGGGUCAAACGUCAACGAAUGGAGUCGCUGCGCUUCCCCUGUUUUACGUAGUCCUCCGGAGUCUUCUGUCCAUAGAAUAUGAUUUCCUUGCGAGCCCCAUAUUUUGGAAGCAGUAUGAAGAAGUCGGAAGAGUUUGGAAAUCGAGAUCUCAGGUCACACAGUCAACGAUCGACUGA